AUGUCGUCUUCUGAAAGCACAGAGCUUUCACCGAGCAAUUCCGCUCAAAAUGCUGAUGAACCCACCCAACCCGAAUCCUUCUCGAAGUCAGAGCAUGAGUCGUCUGACGACGAUGCUUCUGGCGACGAAUCCGCCCCUAGAGCCUCUUCCCCCAAGUCGGAGAUGGAGGAAGAGUACUCUAGUUCUGAAGAUGAACAAAUGCCAGAAAAUAAGUUCUCCGAUGAAGAGGUCAGAGUAGCUUACGAAGACCUCGAAGAAACCCCUCAGGUUUCUUCAGAAAACGAAACCCGCGACUCUGAAACCCCUCAGGUCUCAGAAAAACCCCAAGCCCGUGUAGAAUUCGACACUUCGAAUAGCUGCAACCGACGCCCCGAGGAAAAACAGGCAAAUAAAAGGCCUCGUAACCCCUCAAGCCCUACCCAAAAUCCUGAGCUGAAAAAAGCCAAAGAUUUAGAUGCGAUGCAAGGAUCGAUCGACGAAAUUAUCGCUCGGCUGCAUCAGUCCGAAAUUGCCAGAAAGCAAGACCAACAAGCCUAUGGCCAGCAAAUUGAUCGAUUAAUGGCAGAGCUACAAAAGCUCAACGCCAUUAACGCUCAGAAAGACGAGGAAAACCGAGGGCUAGUCUCAAGGUUGAUGAGUCUUACGCAAGGACCAAAAGCUUCCCCUGAACCCACCCACGAUAUAGCAUCUACGAAUGCGAAGAUCGAGGAGCUCAUCAUGAAUCUCCAGAACUCGGAAUCCAUAAGACAGAGGGAAAGAGAGAGACAUGGUAGAGAAACAGCCGAGAUGAUGGCCGAGCUAAAACAGCUGAGGGCCACGAUCGAGCAAAAAGAUCUAAGAAACCAGGAGUUAGUCGAUCAGCUGAUGAGACUAACUGCUGAAAAGCAAGGCCAAACCCCAACUCCCUCAGAUGAAGUACCCAUAGAAGUUGUUAUGGAAACGGAAGAAGGUACUGAAUCUGGAAAUGACGGUGUCUAUGAGUUUCCUAAAUAUCGUAAGAGGAAAAACAAAAAUACAACCAGCCAGAUCUCGCAGAACGCGCGUAACAAUGACAUGUCCGAGAUCCUUUCAGAGGCAAGCGAUGCCGAAAAGGAUCAUGAGUCAAAUAACAGCAAAAAACGACGAACUCAGCCUGCCACUGUUAAAAACACCAAGCCUGCUGAAGUAGCUCAAGUGAUUAUCCAUCAGCUCUCUGAUGAUGAAGAACAAAAAGCAAAGGAUAAUCUUCAAGAAAGACAAAACAGAAAAAACAAGAAGAAAACAGCAGUAGAAGCCAGCAAGGCUUCAACAAGUAAUGCAGUGGCAGAGACUAAGACCUCCACAAGAAAAACAAAACCACCAGCCAUUAUCCUAAAGUCUGUUAUUGAAAGCCAACGGAUUUUAGGUAAAGCAGCGACGAAUGGCAUUGGCUCCGUGAACAAAUUCGCGAAGUCAGGCAGGUCUAUAGUUAUCCAAACUAAUGACAGAGAAGGUUACCUCGGGAUGUUAAAACUCCUUGAAGACCACACACCAAAAGUGGAAUUCAUUGCAUACCCGAUCGACGCAGAAACAAACAGGGCAAAGAGAAAGAUCAUCAGAGGCCUAAACACAGGAUUAAACCUGAAAGCUUUAGGUGCAGAGAUCGAAAAAGAAGGAAUCGAAGUUCGAAAAAUCGAACGGAUGAUUUCAAAGAAACCGGACAAAAAAGAGCUACCUCUAUACAUCGUAACCAUCGGUGAAGACGACGAAAAGAAAAUGGCCCAAAUCAGUAACCUCUCCUACAUGAAGGUAACAAUAGAAGACGAGUUCAGAAUUAAGAAAGACGUUCUGCAAUGCUUUAAUUGCCAGAACUUCUAUCACGGCUCUAGGGCAUGUCAUUGCGAAGCGCGUUGUGUGAAAUGUGGUGAAAAUCAUAAAACAUCUGAUUGCGAGAAAGACCGGGAAACCGCAGCGAAAUGCGCUAACUGUGGCGAAGCUCACACAGCAAGCUACAGGGGAUGCAAAAAAGCACCCCAAAAAAGGUCCAAAGCUCCAACACCACCAAAGAGCAGAGGUGCACCUAGUGCACCUACUAGACCUAACGUUAGCUAUGCCAAUGCGGCAAAAGGUAACGUUCCCAGCACAAGCGCUCCCCUAGACCAAAAUGCAAUGUUGUGCGAAAUGAAUGCAGCUAUGCAGAACUUCGCCAACAUGAUGCAAAAAAUGGUUGCAGCUUUCGAUGUGAUAAAACAAUUUAACAACACCGCGUAAUGUUGAACAACCAGUUGGACGAAC